AUGAGACUCGCACAUUUGAUUCUAGUUCCAACCCUGGUCACAUUGGUUUAUGCAAGCGUUUUCAAUGAGACAUUAAACAUUGAAAAGAAGUCACAAUGCUUUGUAUUAUCAGAGGGACAUCGUGUCAGCGUAUUUCUCAAAGAGUAUCAGUUUUCUCAUCUACGGGACAGAGUUCCUGAUAUAUAUCUCUUGAUCUAUAGGAAAAAUCAACUUAAUUGGGAUAAAGAGUUUAAAGAUCAACAAGGUUAUGUUUUGAAAAGAUGUUUUGAAAGGGCAAUUGAACUUGGGUAUUGUGAAAAUGAUCAAUAUGGAGAAUCUCUUUAUGAAUUUAAAACCCCACAGGAUGAUACAAAACAUUCUUUUCUAAGCUUACAUAUUGAUGAAUUAGGAUUCCAACAGAUCGAGGCCUUAGAGGUUGAAGAAGAUGGUUAUUAUUGUGCCCAAACUGAAGGUCUAAAUUGGGGUACUCAGUUUUAUGUUGAAUUAAGCAUUGAUAGUGGUGAUAAUUUUACAAGGGAAGAAAAGUUAAAAUUUCAAAACUAUCUUGUUUACCUGAUAAUAAAUAUAAUUAUUGGAAUAGUUUUCACUGGUCAAUGGGUUAAUUGGAAGCUGAAAACUAAGAAAUCAAUUCCAUACCUUCUUAAGAUUAUUCAUUAUUAUUUAAUUUGCAAUAUUGUUAAUGAUUUACUUGACUUAGUGAAGACCUGGUAUGGGAUGAACUCAAAAACAAUUCCAGGAAUGAUUUUGGAUAAUAUAUUAGCAAUCUUUUAUGUUUUAACAACAAGAGUUGAUGAUUUUUAUUAUUAUCAUUAUAGUGGAGAAUUUACAUUCAAUAGGCCUAAAUCAUUUGAAAGUUUGAAGAUGUUCAUUUUGUUAUUCUUUACAUCAUAUAUUUCAUAUCUCUUAAGAGUCACGAAGGAUUUAUCUCAAGAUAAAAGUUCAUUAUCAUAUAUUUUGAAGAAUUUGAUACUUGCAUUAACAUAUUUUUUGAAUGAAUUUUCAAGGUUAAUAUUUGAUUUCAAAAUUUAUUUACGUUAUAGAUUCACUUCAAAACAAUAUUAUCAAAAUAAUAUGACUGAUCAUCCAAAACUUAGUCAAUUCAAAUGGUUGAUUAUGAAUCAUUUAUUUACUGCAAUUUUUCUUGUCUCAAAUAUCUCUAUCAUUGGCUUACUUAAAAGUUUCUUAUACUACUCAGAAAACCAAAGUAUUAUAGAAUUUUUUUUAUUAGAUGGUGAAGAUGAUACAGGAUUACUUCACUGGUCUUCAUUAAUGAUUUUUUCAAUUCUGUCAAUCUUUGAUUUCUAUGUUUUCAAUUUCAAAUUUUCACCAGAAGCAUAUGAAGAGACAAUUAAUUUUAAGAAUUUUAAAGAAUAA